CACACACACACACACACACACACACACACACACACACACGCACAUUCCUCCGUCAUGGCGUCCUCCAACAACGUUACCCCCACCAGCUGUACCUGGUGGCCCAUAUCUGCCAUGGAUGAAGACUGCAAAUUCGCAGAGGAAGAGGAGAGGAAGGAAGCCGUUGUAGAGCCCAAGAGAGUCUUCUCCAAAGACAGGCUCGUUUUGUACCACUGGACCCAGUCAUUCACUUCUCAGAAGGUUCGACUGGUCGUCAACGAGAAGGGUCUGUUGUGCGAGGAGCGAGAUGUGAGCCUCCCGCUGACCGAACAGAACGACCCCUGGUUCAUGAGGCUCAACCUGGUCGAGGAGGUGCCAGUCUUCCUCCACGGAGACACCAUCGUCAGUGACUACAACCAGAUUAUUGAGUACUUGGAGACAAACUUUGUGGGAGAGAUGGUGGCCCCGCUGAUCCCGGACGCCGGGACACCCCUCCACGAGCGCGUGCAGCAGUACCGGGAGCUGCUGGACGGCCUACCCAUGGACGCCUACACCCACGGCUGCAUCCUGCACCCCGAGCUCACCGCCGACUCCAUGGUCCCCAAGUACGCCACCGCCGAGAUACGCAGACACCUGGCCCACGCUGCAUCUGAGCUGAUGAAGCUGGACCACGAGGAGUCGUCGCUGACGGAGCCCUAUCUGUCAAAGCAGAAGAAGCUCAUGGCAAAGAUGCUGGACCAUGACAAUGUAAACUACUUGAAUAAGAUCCUUGGGGAGCUGGCAAUGGUGUUGGAUCAAGUGGAAGCUGAGCUAGAAAAAAGGAAACUGGAAUAUCAAGGUCAAAAAUGCGAGCUUUGGCUUUGUGGACCUACUUUCACCUUAGCCGAUAUUUGCCUGGGAGCCACGUUGCACCGCCUGAAAUUCUUAGGACUCUCGAAGAAGUACUGGGAGGAUGGGAGCCGGCCCAACCUGCGGUCGUUUUUUGAGAAGGUGCAGAGACGCUACGCCUUCCGCAAGGUCCUGGGGGACGUCCACACCACGCUCCUCUCCGCGGUGCUCCCCAACGCGUUCCGGAUGGUGAAGAAGAAGCCCCCGUCCUUUUUCGGGGCCUCGUUCCUCAUGGGCUCCCUGGGAGGGAUGGGAUAUUUCGCCUACUGGUUUUUAAAGAAGAAGUACAUAUAGCAAACGAUGUGCAGCAGCAUUCAGUGUCAGUGCACUUGUUUGUUGCUUCAACAUAUAUGCAGUGAUGUUUGAGGACAUCGUGUGCUAAUUGUGAAGUAAGUAAGAUAAAGGCAAGCAUGCAGGUACCAGGGUGAAAAUAAGAGCAUUUCCGCACACGGAAUCAACGGCUAACAUUCUGGUGGUUGAAGACAUUCGUACCUUUUGGUUUGUCAGGGACUUCCACUGGUAUCCCCUCGUUGUGGAGGGAUGCAUGAAGUCUUUCAGUCCAUGGGGCGGUUCUUCAGCUGCGUGAAACGGUAACGUCCACAAAGAGCAUUCGGAUUUAGAAUAUGACACAUUCUGACGUAAUUUUGGUUUUGCCCUGCAAUGCUUUCAUUUGCGCACUCUUGUCUUGCAUUCGGUAUACAUUUUAGCAAAUGAAGUGUCACUCAGUGUGUAACACACCUGAAUGUUAGUAUGAACAGAUGGUAAUGAAUUUAGCGUUGUUUCACAUUUUACUUUUGCGUGGCACCCCGUGAAUAUACAUUUUGGAGCCUUAAAGAAAACAGAAGUACAUAGUUAAGGUGUACAGGUGAAAAUGACUGCCAUUAUUGCAAUUCGUCUGUCAUUACCAUCACAUCAAAUGUGCAAUCAUAAGCCUAUCUUUUAUAACAGUUAUUUUUUUAG